GUUGAAUGUCAGUUGCCAGAAGCAGAAGCGCUGCAGUUCAUUUCCCACUGACUCUCACAAAGAGCUCCAUGGAGUCCGUGGGACUACCGAGCCUUUCUGGGGCCUCUAGCCUCUUAGGAGUCCCAGGCUUCUGCUCCUUGGAUGUGGACGAGGAUGAAGGCGACGUGGUCAUCGGCAUCAGGCCCAAAUCCUCUCCUCUCCCACGGAGAAGGAGCUCUGCCACUGAUGAUGACUCAGAGCCUGAACCUCCCCCAUCUGGCUCCAGGAGAGUGUCCUUUGCAGAUGCCAAAGGCCUCAGUUUGGUUCAAGUAAAGGAGUUUGGGACAUGGGAUGUACCCAAACUGCCAGGAUAUGAGUCCUCUGAGGGUGAAGGCACAGAUGUGGAGGAAUUUUUCCUCUCACCUUUAACUUUCUCUCUUCCAUGGUCAACUCAGGAGCUGUUUGCCAAAGUCCGGGAGCAGAAAGUGGAGUUGGAAGCAAUCGAAUUAAUUCCAGGGACCACAAUACUAAAAGGAAUUAUCCGUGUCCUCAAUAUUUCCUUCAGUAAGGCGGUAUAUGUCCGAACUACUUUGGACACCUGGUCGAGCCACUUUGACCUACUAGCCGAGUACGUUCCUGGGUCCAGUGAUGGUCUGAUGGACUGUUUUUCGUUUAAGCUUACCUUAGUGCCCCCAUUUGGAGAGCAGGGAGCCAGAGUUGACUUUUGUCUGCGUUAUGAGACUCCUCUGGGGACAUUCUGGUCCAACAAUGACAACAGGAACUAUGUGCUGUUUUGUCAUCAGAAAAUAAAAACAGUGAGAGAGAAACCACAGAAGGAGAAAGUGAAUAAGAAAAGCUGCCUAAAGACUGUCAGUCAGAACUUCUCCUCUGUGGAAAACAUUUCAGCAACGGAAGCUUCAUCACAGGAAAAUAUUUCAGCAGAUGUGUCAAACAGUGGAAGAGAGGUGGACUCUAUGAAAACCAAGAAAAACUUUGAUGGUCAAUCAGUAACAUCAGAAGAACAUAGACAGAAAUUGAUGAUCGAGAACAGACAGAACAGCAGUCGAAGAAGUCGCAGAAAAGCUGCACGGAUGGCUCGAGUCAGGGACCACUUUGCUCAAAGAGAUGGAGGAGCGAGUGACACUGAAAGAGAAGAGUCACCUCCAGAAAUAAAACAGGCAGCUCAAAAAGAAACCCCAAAGGAAAAACAAAUAGAUGUUCAGUCAUUUUCUGAUGGGAAGAGCACUACAGAAGGUUCUCAGUUUGUUUCUGAAUCUGUGGAAAUGUGCAGCGAACCUCUCCUCAAUGUUUUACGUGAUACGUCACCAGCACAUGACAGCAUGUCUAACACUGAGUCAGAGGAAUCUGAGAGCAUCACUGUGGCUGACUCAGCCACAUUUAAAGGAGGUGAGAGUGUCACAGAUAUCCCAGACAGCCCGCUGCAUUCAACUGAUGAGUCUGGUCCUGCAGAACAGCAAAAUAUCAAUGACGUUAUCAUCAAAGCUGAGGAAAGCAGUCAGAACCAAGGCACAAGUUAUGAAUCUACCAGCAACACAGCAACAGUGAGCAGUGAAAACCUGGUUAGCCAGACCAACAGCUUCACAUUUGGAACUGUGGUGGCUCCACUGUAUCAUCAGGUGUUUGGCAGAGUGGGAAGUGAAAGUCAGAGCACAGGUGACGGGGGAAAUCCUAUACAGGCUACUCUGAAUACUGCAGACCUAAAUGCGCACACCAAAAUAAGACAGAUUAGCUGUAUUGAUUCAACAGAUGCUACAAGUAAAGAUGACAACGUUCAAGUAAAUUUGAUAAAUAAUCAGGAAUCCAGCCAUGAAUGCUUAAAUGCCACGCUAAUUUGUCCUCCUACUGAAGAACAAGAAACAAGUUUUAAUGUGUCAGCAAAUGAAGUCCUGGACUGUGCAGAAACUACACAAGAUCCAACUGGGAUAGAAAAUACAGACCACAGUACAAAUGCCUCUGAAAAUUCAACACCUCUUCUAGGGGACACAUUAGGACAUCCUGAGAGGGUAAACAUGUUAAAUAAAGAUUUGUUGAAUCCACAAAUACACACUGAGAGUUUACAUCUCCAGGGAGAAGAACAGGAAGACAAACUAACCCCUGACCUCCAAAGCCAAAUCACAGGAGAAACACCACAGAGUCAGCUGCCAGAGCCCACUUGUAAACAAAUUGAAACUAAUCUUGCUGAAACACUUGCAGAAAGUGAAACACAAGAAGUCAAGAUCAGUCUACAGUCAUCGUUUAUAUUACUUCAACCUUCUCAGAGUGACCAUGUCGUUAAAGAGACAGAGCAACAGACCAGCAGAAGAGGAGAGGAGGAGUGUGUGGAGCUAAACAGUGACCACAAAAAUGGACAGACUGAGACUAUAUCAAAAACCAACACAUCUCCAAAGGCGGAUAAACUAUUGGAAGCGUUACAUGAUGUGAAUUCGAACCACAUUGAUAAUUCAGUUAAAAAAGAACCUGAGGAUAUUGUUGUGCCUUGCCGUGAACUUGAGAAAAGGGAUUUCACAACACUGGAGACAUCUCUGGAAACUCAGGAUAAAACUAAUAACAUGGAAAAAGCUAAUAAAGGGACGUACAGGUUACAUAAAGGUGAAACAGAACAGCCCACUGACAAGGUAAUUGGUGUGGUAGCUGAAUCCAUGACAAAAGCAACGAUAAAUGAGUAUGACAGACAUGGUGACAUGUUGGUGGGACUCAAAGAUGAAGAAUCUUUGGAAGACAUAGAGCAUUGUGAAACAGAAGCUGCUGUUCCAAAACAGGAUGUGGCUUCUUGUUUGACAGUCAUUACUGAGGCCAAAAACUGGGAAAUGAUGGUUGAAGAGGAGGAAAAUAGCAUAUUAACAAAUCAGGAGGAGUAUGAGCCAAUUAAUUUAAAAACAGGCACUGAAGUAAUCGAGAGAGACACUACAGAGGAGAAAAAGAGGAAUUUAUGGAGGAGAUCAUAGCUGCAGGAGUGCAAAAGUACAAAGCUGAUAAUGCCGUGAGGUUAGAGGACGAGGAAUGGAUAAGAAAGGAAGAAAUUGCUGAGACUGUGACUGGAUUAGUUCAUGUUCAAGUCACAGAGAUGGAAAAGAAGCUUGAAGAGGAAGAACGAGCUGAUGAAGAGAGAACAGAGGGACCAAAGGAGACAGAGGUGCAGAAGGAAAAAUACUUUGCAGAGAUGCAUGAGAUCAAUAUCGAAAGUGCAAAUGUGAAAGAAGAAAA